CUACCGCCAGCCUGGACAUAUGCGCCCUAAUCAUAUGGCCGAAUGGCGCAACAUACCGGACGAUAAGAAGGCGGCGAAAUAUUUUUGGCUUGCGCAUGAGGCAUUUUCGUUGGAUGCCAGUUGGAAGCUGGCAGAAAUGCUUAUUCUGAACCGGACGGAGGCGCGUGGGCCUUUCGCAGAGGAGGAUCUCACAAUUCCAGGGUCGAAUCCCAGGCUGGGGAGACUACGCACCGCUAUAGCUCUUAUUGGUUGGAUCGUACACCGCGAUCACAUCAUCCAGCCGCAUACUCGGCGACCGGAUGCAAUGGAAAUGCGCGCCUCGCCUCUCAUGCAGCCUGAUUCCAUCAUGUUCGAACAUGCAUACACUUUCCGCUCUCCAACCAAAUCUAGUUUGGCCGGGACUGCAAAGAAAGUACGCACCCCUACCAACGUAGAGGAUGCGCUUUGGCAGGAGAGGGAGGAGUAUAUUAGAAAGGCAAUGGAAGAGGCGAUCGCGAUGCUACCGGAGCAUUUGCGGCCAAGGUCAGGGAAAGAAACACUCCGAGAGAAAAGGUCCGAUAAGGACGACAAGGUUUCGGUAGAUCUUGUAGACCAGAAGGCGGGGAACGAUCGAGAAUGGACCGAGGCGAGCUCACAGGAAGAGGAUGACUGGGACAUGUCCAUUCCAGCUGGCUCCCCUCCUGUUCCCGAGCACCUACGGCCACGGGAAGAAAGGCUGGACACUAAGUCUGUCGACGUAUUCGAAGAUGAGGAAUCCUUGGCACAUCCCUUCUUUGCCCCGCAACACGAGUACAUCUACACAGGUUCAACAUCCGAGGACAUCGGCACCGGUUCGCCAGCGCUACCCGACCUGCAGUGGUACAAGCGCACGACGGUGUAUUUCUUACGGAACACAAGACUCAACUUUCUCAUCCCAAUGCUCCGUGUCGCAAGAGACCUGUUGAAAGAGGUUGAGGCUGGCGGCGCAGGAUUGCUCGAAAACGAAGACAAGGCGAUCUGGGUGGACGACCUGAACCGGCAUCGGAUUGGAGACAGGAGGGAGAAGCUGGCCCGAAAGGCGAAGACGAAGAAGUUGUACGAAGAGAAUAUGAAGAAACGGAGAGAGAAGGCAGAGCGAACCAUAAACCAAGAUACGGCUAAGGAGCGAAAGAAGGGAAUGACAAAUGCAGAAGAGGUAGUGAUGGAAGAUUUUUGGGCGCAGCUGAAGGCCGUGCGUGCUGGUGUGAGUCUGAAGGAUACACCAGCGACUCAAACCACUAUGGAGCCUAAUAUUUCCGACAAAAGUAAUGCACCGCAGUCUUGGUGGACCGAUUCGAGCAAGGCUGCCGCUCUGCAGAACAUUCCUUCUACCUUGACGAGCAGCGAGCGGGCAAAGAUCUCCCAAGACUUCGCCUUGUCCCAGGAUGAGUUGCGAGACAAGGACAGGCAAGGGGUCAGCCUUCGUUCCCUGCAGAUCGCCUUUGAGAAUUCGCACUCCGAGAAUGCUGACGGGGAACAAGUUACAACCUCGCAGACAUCUGCCGGCAGGGAUGGGUCUGCCCUUCUUCGGUGGGCUGCUCAGCAGCGUGAGACCAUCAGUGGCCAGCAGGAGGAUACGGAAACCCCGCCCUUGACUGGAGAGACGAAAGCUCCGGAGCCGCAAGGGAGAGGCGAGGACAGCGGGUGGUUCGAUGUUGCAGCCCCGGUGGAUAAUUGGCCUGAUGGGCGGACGAAGGGGAAUGAAGGAAGUUCAGAGAAGUGAGGGUGGCCACUGGAGAGAGGGCGCAAUGUAUAGUAGUUUCAGCACCGCUUAUGAAAGCGUGCACUUGCCCGGGAUGCGGUGUUGAUAUAAGAAGCAUACG